AUGUCACUGAGGACCGCUAGGGGGCGCGCGGGGAUUGCGCACCGUACCGCGCACGCGCACAUCCUUCAGCACGCGCAGCGGCGCGCGCACGCGGAGACUCGGGCAUGCGCACGGUCCUCAGACACGGGCUUGCGGGGCCGUUACUCCUCCGUGGCGGGGCAACCUCUGCGGUGCGAGAUGUCCGAGCUGCCCGGAGAGAGCAGUGUCCUAGACAUGGGUGCAGCGAGUGUCGUCUGCGACGUCCUGCAGGCGGGAGUAGGCGGCGGGAGUCGAGCACAGGAGGCCCGGCAAGGUCCGGUGGCCGACGCUGCCCGACCCGUGGCGCGGGUCCUGCGCGCUGCUCACACGCCCAUCCCCAGCGACGUCCCCGGCCCGAUGUCCGUGCCAGACCUCCAUCAGCGGGUUGGCCUUUCGGGAGUAGGCGGCGGGAGUCGAGCACAGGAGGCCCGGCAAGGUCCGGUGGCCGACGCUGCCCGACCCGUGGCGCGGGUCCUGCGCGCUGCUCACACGCCCAUCCCCAGCGACGUCCCCGGCCCGAUGUCCGUGCCAGACCUCCAUCAGCGGGUUGGCCUUGUAGGCAUUAAUCAGCAGCGGUUGUUCCGCCACCACCUGGAUAAUUACACCACGAUCCCAGUCCGAUUGCUCCGCGGCAUCGAGGGACGCCGCAGGCUGUUCGUGGAGAGCUGCAAGGCUAGGGAGGCAGCCUUUGACGCGAACCCCCCGCAGAUGGGCCUCGAUGCUGCAGCUUUUACCCUGGCUCUGGCUGCAUCUGAAGCCAUCAGUCCUCCUGCCGACUAAGUCGACUGUGAUCGGAUGGGUGGAGAGGAGGAGGCAAAGUGACUCUCCCGGAUCAAAAGGAAAGACAGGCCUGUGCCAGUUUAGUUACUCAGUCGUGGGGGGACACGCAGAAUAGACGAGAUCACGGUAAUGCACAACUGAAGGAGGGAUUACACCCAGAAAAGGAAAUAGACACUGGAGACCAUUGCAGCUCCUUUUCAAGGAGGACCCGGACACUUCUGGCCACUUUGUGACUGUUGGCAGUUCUUUCUCCUGCAUUUGUGGACAAUCUUUAAGACUGUUUCACCAUAAAAGAUUGUUUUGCAAAAAUUAGAUCUAAGAAAAAUUGCCAGUAAUAGAACCCAUAGAAAUUAACCAAGAUGAUGAAAGAAAUUAAGGAAAUACAGCUGUUAGGAAUCCAGUUGUGUCUGAGUUAUUAGAAUUGGAAGGCUAUUGAGAGAAUUUUGAAGUUUCAGAAUUUGUGGUCAUUUCCUGUCAUAGUCAACAAAACUGAGUGUAAGAUUAAUUUUUGUGUUUUCUGGGGUACUGUAGGUGAAUAGUAAAUAUUCAAAUAGAAAAAACAUGUAUUAUGUUUAUCAUAAGAUAAAUGUGUUUUAAGUUCGUGUGGAAUUGGGUAGGUGUGGGAUAGAUUUGUUUUUGUUAAUGUCCAAGCUUUUUGUUUUAUUCAAGAAUAUGUAAUCUAUUCACGAGACUCAAAAAACAAAGAAUCAAAAGAUGCUCUGAGAA